CCCAUAUCUAACAGGAAGGCAGGACAGGCUGAGCUCUGGAGAAUCCUCUUCUGUGGCUGGAGGGGUGGAGUGGUGGGAAGGGGAGAAGGCGCUUGCUCGGACAGAUUCCCACAUAGGCUCUAAAAAAAGGGGCUCUUAGCGAGGCCAUUUUGCCCCCAGGAAGCAGGUGUCAGCACCUACAGGUCCUUGUACCAGGACUGAAUGACGCUGCGGGCCCCCAGCGGACAGAGGCGGCUUGCUGCUAAACGCCCUAGAAUGCGCAGGUUCAACCCACAGCCGAUGACUCUGCCCAGAUCAGUGAUGCUGGCACCUGCUUUAGGGGCAUCAGAUUCCACCUUUUGCUCCCACUUUGCAGAAACCUCAUGCUUGGCUCCUAUCUGUGAGUGCAUUUGCAUUUCCCUGAUCAUAAAUGAUGAACAGACUUGUCAUGGUACCAUUUCCCCCCCACUAUUUUUUAAAAUUUUAUUGCAAAAUUUAAUAUUGUCUCUAAUUGAAGCUUCACAAUGGAAAUAUGAAUUUAGUUCAUGACAUUAAGAUGAACACUGAGAAUGCUAACAAUUUAUUUUAAAAAAAUAGGUGCAGAGGAGAUAGCAUAGUGGUUCUGUAAAGAGACUCAUGCCUGAGGCUCCAAAGUCUCAGAUUCAAUCCCCUGCACCUAUGGUGAUAAGCCAGAGUUGAGCAUGCUCUGAUAAAAACAAACAAAACCCACCUGGCUCCCUUUUAAAAGCCACGUUAACCUUUUUAUUUAAAGGUAAAUUAUGAGUGCACUGGUGUUUCUUCAUCUCUCUCAAAAAUAAAUAUAUUUUAAAAAGGUAAACUAUUUUGUUGGUUUUCUUUUAAAGAUUUUAUUCAUUUAUUAAUGAGAAAGGAGGAGAGAGAAAGAACUAGACAUCACACUGGUACAUGUACUGCCAGGAUUUAACUCAGGACCUCAUGCUUGACAGUCCAGUCCCCUAUCCAGCGCACCACCUCCCGGACCACUUCUCCCUACUUUUUAAUUGGCUUACUCAGUUUUCUGAUGUUGAGUUGCAUGAGUCUUGUUUUGCAUACCUAAGGUAUUGGAUUCUUUUCAGCUGUAUAGUGUGCAAAUAUCUUCACUCAUCCAGUUUUUAAAAAUCUAUUCAUUAUUGUACAGAAACAGAAAUUGGGGGGGAGGAGAUCGGGAGAGACACCGACAGUGACAGAGACACCGAUAGUCCUGCUUAACCGCUCAUGAAGCUUUCCCCCAGCAGGUGAAGACCAGGGCCUUGAACCUGGGUCCUUGUGCACUGUAAUGUGUGCAUUCAACCAGGAAUGCUACCACCUGGCUCCUCUUCUCCCAUUCGGAAAUGGUGACUUAGCGAUGGACUUGCUCGAGGGCCUCAGGUCCUUUCAGUUUGAGUCUGAGACUGAAGAUGAGAACUACCCGUGGCUCUACUUGAAAGGCCGCUGCCGCGGCCUGAUGAUCGAGGGCUGUGCCCAUGCCGUCUUCUUCUGCAAGCUCAUCCAGAACCUGAGAGAGCAGGUCAGGGAGCAAGAAUCUCCCAAGUACACCUGGGCCGCGUCGAGUGAAGAACAGCCUGAAGACAAGGACUUGAAGCUGGGCAUCAUCGGAGGCGGGCACCUGGGGAAGCAGCUGGCCCUCACGCUGCUACAGCUCGUGCCCGUCGCCGCAGAGAACUUGCGCAUAUCCACCCGGAGGCCCGAGACCCUGGAGGCGUUUCAGAAGCUGGGAAUCCACUGCUUUUACCGCAACACCGCCCUGGUGCAGUGGGCUGACGUGAUCUUCCUCUGCUGCCUGCCCUCCCAGCUGCCGAACAUCUGUGUGGAGAUCCAGACCUUGCUGGCCAAGGAGUGCAUCGUGUACAGCUUCGUGGCUGCCGUCCCCAUCUCCAGGUUGAAGAUCCUUCUGAACCACACCAACAUCCUGCGGCCUCAGUACCGUUGCACCAAGGAAUUCGAAGACUUGUGGGGGGCCAAUGAGGACAUCGUCACUUCUCUCCGCAACCCUGGCAUCAUCCAGGCCACCUGCCCCUACAACCCCGCUGGUGGGAUAACCCUCAGCAGUAAGUGGCUGGAAGGCAUCGUCUACGCAGUCCUGAACAUCUGCACUAGCAGGGGCAUGCCCACCUCCCACGCGCUGCUGCUUGUAAACAAAGUCUUCCUCACUUCGCACUUUGCAGACUGCGGGAAAGACAGACAGGCUUGCCCGAAACUUCAGCUACUGUAUUUUGUCAACAAGAUCUAUGCCAGGAACGUAUCUCCACGAAGGCCUUUCCCCUGGUUCGAGCUGACCACCAUUCAACACAAGGAAAAUCCCUUCACGCAGUGUCUGUCCGGCAGCACUGCUCUCCAGGAACACCUGACCUGGAGAUACUGUGACUUACUGGGCAUCCCCCUGACCAGAGAGCAUCUCCCAGAAUGCUCCCCUGGCUCUUAGUCCUAGUAGGAGACUCAACCCUGGGAGUCAGUAGCUCUGCCUUCCUCUCCAAUGCAGAGCUCCGCCCUGACUGUGCCCCAUCCACUCAGUGAGUGAGUCACAUGGCCACACUAGGUAUAAGGAAGCUGACACUUCUAUUGCUGGAUCUUUAAACUAUAAACUGGAAUAAGCAGUCCGUUA